AUGUUAAAGAGAGCCGUUUCAUCAUCAACUCGCCAUCUUCAUCACACCAACCACAAAAAUUCUACUUUGCUUCUUGCAAAUAUUUCUUACAAUCAAUCCGCUAAUUAUUAUAACAAUUACAUUGCUUCAGUCCAAAGCAAGGACCUAGAAGAGGCUAAAAAGAACACAUUGCUUCUCUAUCGUAGGAUUUUGAAAAUUUUGCCCUGGAUGAGAGAUGUGUACCAUCUUCCUGUCAAUGAAGAUGUUUUAAGAAGAAGAAUCCACAAGGAAUUUGAGUCUUAUAAAGGGCUCACAGAUCUUGAAGUGAUUGAUGCUUUAAUUAUCCGUGGAUAUAUUGAACGUGAAGAGGCAACUAUGCAUCACAAACAAAGAGGACAUGUCCUGAAGUACUUCUCCGAAACUGAGGUUGAAAAGGCCCUUCCUAAAUUACCAGAGUUUAAGAAGAUUGUUAAAGAAAAGAUUAAUACUGAUGCUCUUCUCGGUUCUGCUACACGUAAAAAUCUCGGAAAGUUUAUCAAGAAUAUGGACCAAUAA